AACACUAGGCAUAUAAUAUAAGAAAUCGAGAAUGAUAUACGCAGUUUUGAUGCUCUACUGAUAUGGAAGAAGAAACUUUGAAAGAACCUGGGAUUCAACCCGUGAUACGAGCUUACCGUAAAAGAUGGAUUAUUUUGAUUAUUUACAUAUCCUGUAUAUGCAUUAGUACGUUUCAGUGGAUCGAAUAUUCGAUUAUAACCAACAUCGUCAUGAAGUAUUAUCAUGGUUUAAGAGUUGCAGCUUUCAUUGGGAUUAUAACUACAGCUCUCGGUGCAGGACAGACAAUUGUAUCCUUUUCCCAAACAUUUCUAUUGAAUCUGCCAUCCAAGCUGACUGUUGCAUGGUUCAAAUUUGAGGAGGUGUCAACGGCAUGUUCUCUUGGUAUAAUGGGUUCGAUAUUGGGGGUUGCUUUCAGCUUUUACGUUCCUCCGAUAUUAGUGAAAGAUAGCGAUAAUUUGGAUGACAUCGCCGCAGAUCUCAGGGUGAUGUGUUGGAGUGUCUUUCUAGUCUCAAUGCCAUUAGUUCUCAUCGUAUAUUUCUAUUUUCCUAAAGAACCUGUUCAUCCACCAAGUAUAGCCAUGUUCGAAGAAAGAAUCAAUAAAAAGCACAUAACUUUUUCUAUAUUCGUGAAAUCAAUUAAAAUUCUGAUAAAAAACAAAUUCUUCCUUUUACACCUGGUAGCAUUCGGAUGUAAUUACGGCGUAUAUUCAGUCAUUGGAACACUCCUGAAUCAAAUUGUAUUGAAUUACUUCCCGGGCACCCAGGAAGACGUUGGAAAAAUGGGGUUGAUUAUGAUAAUAUCUGGUAUUGGAGGAUCACUGAUAACUGGAUACAUCCUUGACAAAACGCAUAAAUUCAA